AUGAAGUUCACUAUUGUGGCUACCGUCCUCCUUGGACUCUGGCUGGUUCCAGCCCUUGCUCAAUAUUUUCAGGACCAGGAGGGACUCCCUCAGGUCAUAAACCCGGUGCAAUCCCAAACUAUCACCAAGCAAGUCACUGUCAAUGGAGGCUUACAAAUUCUGCUCAUCAACAGGCAGUUUCGUGUGGCCACCAUUGAGCAGCAGAACAGCUUCAGGUCAUGGAAAACCAUCUGGAACUAUGAAUCUGGCUUCAUUGCAACCAAAGUGCAGGCAGCUUGCUACGUUUCUGUCAUGAACAGAGCAGAGAUGCCCAGCUUUAAUUCACUUCCUCAGCUGGCUGAUUCCAACAGGAACCUGCUCUUCCCAGGACAACCUGCCAAGCAGAUCACAUUCCAGGUCCAGGGACCUGUCCAAAACCUCCAGGCUUAUGGACAAAAAGUCGUUUCCAUGUGCAGAGGACUCCCCACCUACGUGGCCACUGAAACUUAUGGACUCGAAAACACUUACAGUCAAUCAUGCACCAGACUUGAUGUCCUGGGAGUUGUGGAGCUCCAGUAUUGCCGUACCAAUAUCAAUAUUGAUGCCAACAUCCCUGUCAAGGGCUCAGUGUCUUCCUUUCCCUGA